UAGAUGGCUCGUCCGCGCUGCUGGCCAAUUGAGUGCAACGUCCGCAUUUUGGCGGCCAUCUUAGGACAGGGCGCUCGCUCACUCGUAGCAUUGAGUUUUAAUGAUGCAGGUACUUUUAAAUGACCAUAACUUGCUUAAUUUUUUACCGAUUUUUAAACGGUUUGGUUUGUUAUAAACGUCAAAGAUGUACCUAUGACACUGCAUACCUAUACUAAAAAUAAAAAAUAAAUUAAUGAAACAUGUUAAAGCAUCCAGAAUUAUAGCCACGUUAAUAACGUUUGUAAAAACCCAAACCGUUUGAAAAUCGGUAGAAAAUUGAGCAAGUUAUGGUCAUUUAAAAGUACCUGCACCAUUAAACUCAAUGCUACGAGUGAGCGAGCGCCCUGUCCUAAGAUGGCCGCCAGGUGAUGCCGUUAGGGACUCCGCCUUGAGCCAUCUAGCCUUUAUAUACAUAUCUAUGUAUUAUCAGGUCCAUAUUCCGGAACAGAGGGGGCGGUAAUGCUCCAUUAAGGUGGUUGCCAACCGCCGGUAAAAAAGAAAGAAGAAGAAGAUUUAUCAGUAUUGUAACACAUGAAACGAGAAACAGAACGCGUUAUAAGAAAAAAAGACCGCUUUUGGAAUUUACUUAUCAUGGUUGAAAACACAGUUCUGGACCUACACGUGGAAAUCGAAAUGGCAGAAGCAAGUAUUUCAGUGGCUCAGGAUCAGUUUACUUGCCCAAUCUGUCUGGAUCUACUGAAGAAUCCAGUGACCAUUCCCUGUGGACACAGUUUCUGUAUGGACUGUAUUACAAACUGCUGGGAUCAAGAUGAUCAGAAGCGAAUCUACAGCUGCCCUCAAUGCAGACAAACCUUCACACCAAGACCUGUUUUAGGUAAGAAUGUGGUGAUUGCUGAAAUGCUGGAGAAACUGAAGAAGAAAAAACUUCAAUCUGCUCCUGACUCUGCUCAUUGUUACGCUGGACCUGAAGAUGAGGAGUGUGAUAUCUGUACUGAGAGAAAACUAAAAGCAGUCAAGUCCUGUCUAGUGUGUCUAAACUCUUACUGUCAAAAUCACCUCAACCAGCAUGAGAAUUUCUUUAAAGAUAAAAACCACAAUGUGAUCGAUGCCACAGGACGACUACAAGAAAUGAUCUGCAAAAAACACAACAAACAACUAGAAAUCUACUGCCGUACUGACCAACAAUGCAUUUGCUAUCUGUGUACGAUGGACGUUCACAAAAAUCACAACACUGUGACAGCUGUGGCAGAGAGGACAGAGAAACAGAUGCUUUUGGGAGAAACAAAAAGAAAUUUACAGGAGAGAAUUCAGGAGAGAGAGAAGAAGCUUCAGGAGCUGAGACAGACUGUGAACUCUCAUAAGCGCUCUGCACAGACAGCAGUGGAGGACAGUGAGAGGAUCUUUACUGAACUGAUCCGAUCCAUUGAGAGAAGACGAUCUGAGGUGACCAAACUGAUCAGAGAUCAGGAAAAGACUGCAGUGAGUCAAGCUGAAGGAGUCAUGAAGCGUCUGGAGGAGGAGAUUGAUGAUCUGAAGAGGAGAGACGCUGAACUGAAGCAGUUUUUACAAACAGAUGAUGACAUUCAUUUCCUGCAGGGUUUCAAGUCUUUCUCUGUGACUUCUGGAUCUUCAGAUGUUUCCAGCAUUACUCUCAGUUCUCUUCUCUCUUUUGAUGACUUUGGAAAAUCUGUUUCUAAACUCAGAGAUAAACUGGAGGAUUUGUGUGAAGACGAGAUUAAACGUAUAUCUGACAGAGUAAAAUCCACUGAAAUUAUUUCCAAACAACCCAGAACUAGAGAGGAUUUCCUACAAUAUUCCAUUCAGCUGUCUCUGGAUCCAAACACAGUGAAUAAAAAUCUCCAGCUGUCUGAGGAGAACACUGUGACUACUUACACUGAAACAGUUCAGCAGUAUCCUGAUCAUCCAGACAGAUUUGAUUACUGGCUGCAGGUGUUGUGUAGAGAGAGUUUGUGUGGACGCUGUUACUGGGAGGUUGAGAGGACUGGUAGUGUUGGUAUAUCGGUGUCAUAUAAGAGCAUCAGCAGGAAGGGAGAGGGUAAUGAGUGUAUAUUUGGAUAUAAUGAUCAGUCCUGGAGAUUGUUCUGCAGUGACUCCAUCUGCUUCUUCACUCACAAUAACAAAGACACUUCACUCCCUGUAGUAUCUAGGUCCUGUAGAAUAGGAGUGUAUGUGGAUCACAGUAAAGGAUCUCUGUCCUUCUACAGCGUCUCUGAUACAAUGAACCUCAUACACAGAGUCAACACCACAUUCACUAAACCACUUUAUCCUGGAUUUUUGAUCGAUCCAAACUCAACCAUGAAGCUCUGCGAUCUGACAAGAUAGAAGAUACAUUUAGAUGGAUCUAGUUGUGGUGUAGUGAAGCAGCAGUGAAUGUGAAACAGUUCAUAUUUACACGUUUUUUUGUUGUUGUUGGACGCAGAAACAUAGUUUGUGUUUGUUCUGUUUUAAUUUUUUUUACUGAUUUCUUCCAUGAAUAUUUUAAGUAUGUAUUUGAUUCUGAUUUACUUUUUCUUUUUUGUUAGAUUUUUUAUCUGCUUUUAGACUGAUUGUGUGUCAUGUUGUAUAUCUGUCAUAAUUCUGUAAUGUAUGUUUUGAAACUGUAUAUUUUUCACAUAAAAUAGAAAAAUCUUUGUAUUUAUUUUAACUUUCAACAUGCUUGAAAAUCUCUUGUGCCCUCUCAUCUGGUAUGCAUCUUCUUGACAUUUAGGGGUGGUUUCCUGGACAGGGAUUAGCUUAAGCCAGAACUAGACCGUAGUUUAAUUAUGAAAUAUAAGUAGUUUUAACAAACAUGCCUUACUAAAAACAUUACUGGUGUGUAUUUUGAGGCAAAACAAAGGGCACUGAUGUAUUUUUAAGAUAUGUCAGUUCAAGUUGUUUUCAUUUUGGACAGCUCUUACAUUUAUUUUAGUCAAGGACUAGUCUAAUCCCUGUCCAGGA